UUCACUCCUCGCUCCGUUCAACAUGGACUUGCUGAAUUUUCUGCUUUUUGUUGCAGCCGCCGCCUGCACAGUGAAAGUUUCUCAUCAAGGUCCAAACCAGCGCAGACUGUACAAAGACCUGAUGACAAACUACAACCCGCUGGAGAGACCCGUCGCCAAUGACUCCCAGACUCUCACCGUUAACUUUGGCCUCACCCUCAGGCAGAUCAUGGAUGUGGAUGAGAAGAACCAGGUUUUAACAACCAACAUUUGGCUGCAGCUGUACUGGCAUGACAGUUACCUCCAGUGGAAUCCAGCGGACUAUCCAGGUGUGGCCAAUGUCAGAUUUCCCGACAAUCUCAUUUGGAAGCCGGACAUUCUGCUGUAUAACAGUGCAGAUGAACGGUUUGAUGCUACGUUCCACACCAACAUCGUGGUGAACUCCUCGGGCAACUGUUCCUACUUACCUCCAGGGAUCUUCAAGAGCACAUGCAGCAUCGACGUGCGCUGGUUCCCCUUCGACGUCCAGAAAUGCGAGCUGAAGUUUGGCUCCUGGACGUACGGAGGCUACGCUCUGGACCUGAAGAUGGUGGAGGCAGACAUCACCGACUACAUCGCCAACGGAGAGUGGGAUCUCGUCGAGGUUCCGGGGCGAAAGAACGAGCACAUCUACGAAUGCUGUGAGGAGCCGUACCCGGACGUCACCUUCACCGUGGUGAUGCGCAGACGGACUCUUUACUACGGACUCAACCUGCUCAUCCCCUGCAUCCUGAUCUCCACUCUGGCGCUGCUCGUCUUCCUGCUGCCUGCCGACUCCGGGGAGAAGAUCUCACUGGGUAUCACGGUGCUGCUCUCCCUGACUGUCUUCAUGCUGCUGGUUGCGGAGAUUAUGCCCGCCACGUCAGACUCGGUGCCUCUAAUAGCUCAGUACUUUGCCACUACUAUGGUCAUUGUUGGACUCUCAGUAAUCGCUACAGUUCUUGUCUUGCAAUAUCACCAUCAUGACCCCGAUGGGGGCAAGAUGCCCAAGUGGACCCGUGUGAUCCUUCUCAACUGGUGUGCCUGGUUCCUGCGCAUGAAGCGUCCUGGUGAGGAGCGAGUGCGCUCGGCCUGCCACAACAAGGGUCCUCGGAGCAGCCUGACCAGCAUGGAGCUCAACGCCAGCGCCUCCCAGUCCACCAACGGCAACAUGCUGUACGUGGGCGGCCGCGGCCUGGACGGCCUCCACUACUCCACGGCCGCCACCUCGCCCGACUCCGGGGUCCUCUGCGGACGGGUGGUGGGACGGGCUGGCGAGGAGGAGCUGCUCCUGCCCUCAGCUCAGAGCUCCUCAGCUGGAACCGUGGAAGUGGAGCUGGCCAAGAUCCUGGACGAGGUGCGCUACAUCGCCAAGCGCUUUCACAACCAGGACGAGGACGAGAGCGUGUGCAACGAGUGGAAGUUUGCCGCGGCUGUUAUCGACAGGCUCUGUCUCAUGGCUUUCUCCAUCUUCACCAUCCUCUGCACCAUCGGGAUCCUCAUGUCGGCACCCAACUUUGUGGAGGCCAUUUCGAAAGACUUUUUCAACUGAAGGCGUUAUUGGCAAAUAAAUGCUUCUACUUAAAAAGCCCAUACCAGUCACUUGCAAUUUGCAUUUAAAUUUGCUAAUCUGGGACUUAUAUAUCACCGAAUACCUGAAACAAAGUCAAAUUCAGGCCUGGUAAUAAAAGGUUCAUGCAUUACAUUAUAUUUGUGAGAAUGAGCUUUUGUGUUUUAUAUCAAACAGCCCAACAUACUGGAGAAAAAAAAACUCUGAUUCCCUUUUACUCCAGCUUACAAAGCUUUGUUUAAGUGGUUUUAUUUGCUAACUUUCAGAGAAUGCAGCUGUGGUUUGUUACGUAGUGUGACUUGUGUAUUCUAUAACCUCACUAAAAUAUCACUAAAAUCUAUUAUAUAGACAAAACAGCUACAGGCUCUUGUAUUGACAUGUAUUUGUUGUAUCAAAUAAUUACUGCUAUAUCUAAAGCAAUGUUGUGACGUUGUUAUUCACCUGUGUGUAAGUGCAGAUUAUUGGUAAUUACUGUGUUAUAACCCGACACCUCAGUUUAACAAUGCUUUAUUAUCAUGUUCUCACUGACUCCCGUUUAUUAGAACAUUCUGUGAAGAUAAAGAAUUACUGUGAGGUCAAAAAUGGCCUGUUUUCUUUUUAUAUUGGUUUCAGUUUUGUUUGUUUCUGUUCUUGUUCACGCUGAUGUUUCACAAAUAAAUGUAUUCUUUCUAUUCUGGACAGCAGA